GCACUGCAGACAGUCAAUGGAGGUGAAUGAAGGAUAGAUUCAGGACGGAGCAGAGGGGGAGACAGAGCUGUCACUUGCCCGCUGGACGUGUGUCUCGCCUGGGCCGCUUGUGUGGACAGUGCUUUGACUAGAUGGACAUAGAGGUUUGCGUCACGUGGAGUUGGUCCCGUGUCUUGGUGGAUGACAUAGAUGCUGAGCUGGUGCGUGCUGAGAGCAGGGCACACCCCCGUCCCACUGCUUUAGGAUGGCCUCAGAGGGCUCUACCAUCCCCAGUCCUGUUGUGCGUCAGAUCGACAAACAGUUCCUGAUCUGCAGCAUAUGUCUGGACCGCUACCAGAACCCCAAAGUGCUGCCCUGCCUGCACACCUUCUGUGAGAGGUGUCUGGCCAACUACAUCCCUGCGCACAGCCUGACUCUGUCCUGCCCUGUGUGCCGGCAGACCUCCAUCUUGCCUGAGAAGGGAGUGGGCGCUCUGCAGAACAACUUCUUUAUCACCAACCUCAUGGACGUACUGCAGAGGCCCCCCGACAAGCACAGCCCCCAAGAUCCCAGCCUCAGCCCCAUCACCUCUGUGGGGCCAGGCCAGGUGCUGUCCUGCCCCAACCAUGGAGGCAGUGUUAUGGAAUUCUAUUGCCCUCCCUGUGAGACGGCCAUGUGUCAGGAGUGCACCAGCGGAGAACAUGGAGAACAUCCCACGGUUCCUCUCAGAGACGUGGUAGAACAGCACAAGGCCUCACUGCAAGACCAGCUCAGUGCCGUCAAGAAGAGGCUGCCUGAGAUCGACUCUGCUCUCCACACCCUGUCUGAGAUCCUGCAGCAGCUGACUCAUCAGAAGACAUCCAUUGAGGAGGACAUCCACAGCACCUUCGAUGAGCUGCAGAAAACCCUGAACGUGAGGAAGAGUGUCCUGCUGAUGGAGUUGGAGGUCAACUAUGGACUCAAGCACAAGGUACUUCAGGCUCAAUUGGACACACUGCUCCAGGGUCAGGAGGGCAUCAACAGCAGCUGCAACUUCACUGAACAAGCCCUGAGCCAUGGCACUGAAGCUGAGGUACUGUUGGUGAAAAAACAGAUGAGCGAGCGUCUUGUUGAACUGGCCAAUCAGGACCUCCCGUUACAACCCGGAGAAAACAACCAACUGGACUUCAUUAUAGAAACUGAUGGACUCAAAAAAUCUAUACACAAUUUGGGCACUAUUCUCACUACUAACGCUGUUGCCUCGGAAACUGUCGCUACUGGGGAGGGACUUAAGCAUUGUGUAGUCGGGGUGCCCACUUCUGUAAGUAUAACCACGAAAGAUAAAGAUGGAGAACUUUGCAAAAUGGGAAACGCCAAUAUUACAGCUGAAAUGUCAACCUCCGACGGGUGCAAAUGCAACGGAGAAAUCAUGGACAAUAAAAACGGAACUUACGAGUUUUUGUUCACUGCGCCUAAAGAAGGUACAUUUUACCUGUCGCUGUGUCUGUACGGGCAGCCUGUCAAAGGUAGUCCCUUCAAAAUAAAAGCCACCAGGUGUAUAGAUGUGUCGCCCACCAGUGAAGGGGUGAAGAAGAGGCUCAAGUCUCCUGGCAGUGGGCACGUGAAACAGAAGGCCAUCAAGAGGCCAGCCAGCAUGUACAGCACGGGCCGCAGGAAGGAGAACCCCAUCGAGGAUGACCUCAUCUUCAGAAUAGGAACAAAAGGGAGAAACAAAGGAGAGUUUACAAACCUACAGGGAGUGGCAGCAUCCACCGACAAAGUCCUGAUCGCAGACAGCAACAACCAGUGUGUACAGAUUUUUUCCAACGAGGGCCAGUUCCGAAGCCGCUUUGGGGUUCGAGGCCGCACUCCCGGUCAGCUCCAGAGGCCUACAGGGGUUGCUGUGCACCCCAACGGAGACAUCAUCAUCGCAGACUAUGACAAUAAGUGGGUUAGCAUCUUUACCUGUGAGGGCAAGUUCAAGAAUAAGAUUGGCACGGGAAAGCUAAUGGGACCUAAGGGAGUGUCUGUGGACAGAAAUGGACAUAUCAUUGUAGUGGACAACAAGGCCUGCUCCGUCUUCAUCUUCCAGCCCAACGGCAAACUAGUCACCAAAUUUGGGAAUCGCGGCAACGGGGACAGACAGUUCGCAGGUCCUCACUUUGCUGCUGUUAACAACAACAAUGAAAUUAUAGUGACAGAUUUUCACAACCAUUCUGUCAAGGUUUUUAACACAGAGGGAGACUUCCUGCUGAAGUUCGGCUCAAACGGUGAAGGGAACGGUCAGUUCAAUGCUCCCACCGGAGUAGCUGUGGACGCCAAUGGCAACAUCAUAGUGGCAGACUGGGGAAACAGCCGCAUACAGGUUUUUGACGGCAGCGGCUCAUUCCUGUCCUACAUCAGCACAUGUGCAGACCCCCUGUAUGGACCCCAGGGGCUGGCUCUCACCUCCGAUGGACACGUGGUGGUGGCCGACUCUGGGAACCACUGCUUCAAAGUGUACCGCUACCUGCAGUAACUCCCCCUCCCCUCUGCACUCAUCCUCACCCAGGCGGGAGAGCAGGACGGCAACGCGCACUUGACCGUUUCCAUCCCCGAACCACACUGUCUUUGUGCCAUCUGUCAUCCCUGUGAAGACAAGCCACUUCAUGAAUAAUGUGAGAUAUUCUAAAGACUUCUGCUGAUUGGUGCUUGGAGGAGACACUGGUCUACAUUUCACAUUACGGACACUGAGGAAAAGGGUUUCCUUUAAUUGUGUGAUAUUACCCCUUUGAAAUAAUAUUUAAAGCAACACUGUAGUUUUUUUUUUUUUUUUAAUAAAACCUGAAUCAAACAAAAUAUGUCGCAUACUGUACCAUGCUACCUUUGACAUUGUCUUCACAUAAAAAUGAUACUGCAUUAGUCUCAUACAGGACUUUUCCAGGUGCUCAAACUCACUUUACGUUUUUGUGCGUUAUUCAUUCACUUCACACACUUGGUGGUGGUAAGCUACUGUUGUACUGGAAGUGUGUGUCCUCAUCCCGUCUGACCGCCAUCAAGACUCGCACUUAAACCAGAUUCAUACAAAGCAAUGUACAACAGCAGCAUAUUUAAUACAUUUUCUAUUUGACAAUUAUAUAGAAUGGCAAAAUAAUGCAUUAACUUCUUGAUACAUUUGGAAAGAAUUUUGCACCUAAUACUCGAUGUCUAGGUUUAUACUAAUAGUCUUACGAAGGGCAUCUAACAUAGAAUUAGGCCAAAUAACAAUGGUACAACUGGUUUUCUGCGCUGCAACCUGACCAGAAAAGGGAGUAGCUAUAACAGUGCAAUAAGAUUUACAACAUGUUCGUCUCUUGUAAUCCAGCAAACAGUGUUGCUUUAAUUGGAGUGUCCUAUAUUAAAUCUACCUUAUGUAAGGUCAAGCAUGUUACAGUCCUCUAUUGCAUGUAUGUCCUGUUGAAUGAAUCCUUAAAAAGAGCAUCACCAAAAGACACAAAAGUAUUGUUAAACACCAAAACUGUAUAAUAAUAAUAGUGUUCACAACUUGGUUAGUGUUAUAUCGUCUUAACACUACAUGCAUUCAUUAUAAGAAAUUUAAAUAUGGAUAAUAAUACAAUAGGCAAUAUGUGAUGUGAAUAUUCUGAAGUUCUGAAAAUAGGCCAUUAUACAUUUUUGGGUAUAUUUUGCUUGUAGUUACUGUAAGUGAACAGGCUACUUCAAAUGAUUAAAGAUGCACUUUGGACCUAAAUGAGAUAAUGACAAUAAUAAUACAGUUAAAAUGUUUAUUGUAAUUCAUUCAGUUGUAUCUAGUACUGUUUAUUCGCUUGCCAGUUUGUCCCCCAAGCACACAUCUUAUUUUCUACAAAAAUGUUUAAAUUAUUUCUUUUACAUUGUGUUAUCUGUAAUGCCAAAUGGAAUUAAAGUGCCCAUCUAACCUAAUGUC